ACUAGCACGACAGCGGGCACCGGGUCAUCAGGUACCGGGUCAUCUGGCUCGACAGUGGGCUUCGGGUCAUCAGGCACAACAGCGGGCAUCAAGUCACCAGGCAUGACAGCGGGCACUGGGUCAUCAGGCAUUGGAUCGUCUGGCUCGACAGCGGGCAUCGGGUCACCAGGUAUGACAGCGGGCACUGGGUCAUCAGGCAUUGGAUUGUCUGGCUCGACAGCGGGCAUCGAGUCAUCAGGCACGACAUCGGGCAUCGGGUCAUCUGGCUCGACAGCGGGCACCGAGUCAUUUGGCAUGACAGCUGGCUCUGAGUCAACUGGCACGACAGCGGGCUCUGAGUCAACUGGCAUGACAGCGGCAUCGGGUCACCAGGCAUCAGGUCAUCUGGCUCGACAGCGGGCACCGAGUCGCCUGGCAUGAUAGGAUCAUUAGG